UCGAGUCGAGCGACUAGUCGCGACUAGUCGUCGACUAGUCGACGAGUCGCAAGAGCAGGAGCGCCUCGGGCUGGCGACUCGACUCCUCGCAUGAGUCGAGCGACUCGAGCGACUAGUCUCGACUAGUCACGACUAGUCGCCAGAAGUGAGUCGAACGACUCAGUUAUUUUGGGCCCCCAACAGUUUUUUGGCCCAUCAGCCCAUCCCAGCACUGGAAAUAUAUAGAUCGAUCCAUCCCCCGUCACCCUGACCUAACCCUUUCCCUGGCGGCUGCCUUCACUCCUCCCCUGUGCUCCUCCCCUUCCUCCUUUGGUUGCUGCUGCUAUUGUGCUCCUCCACUCCUCCCCUGGUUGAUGCUGCUGUUGUUGUGCUCCUCUACUCCCCUGGUUAAUGCUGGUUAAUGCUGCUGCUCUUGUGCUCCUCCACUCCUCCCCUGAUUCACAGCAAGCACCAUGUCCUCCCAGCUUGAGAUAUCCCAAGUUGUUCGAUCAGCUCAAGCUGCAGAAGAAGCUGAUGAGCACUAUGACCCAUUCAAAGAUCCUAAGAGGAGGCCAACAAAGAGCAAGGAUCCAGCAUGGAAAUAUGCAUUCUGGCCAGAUCUUAACAAGAGAUUGUUGCUGCAAUGUAAUUUGUGCGGCAAGAAAAUUACCUCUGGACCUUGUAGGAUGAAGAAACACCUUGCUGGGGGGUUUACAAUUGUGAGUAUGUGCACCAAAACAACCCCUGAAAUUCGAAAGGAGAUGCACGAGUACUUGAGGACUCACUCAUUCAGUUUCAAAAAUCUUGAUGGAGAUGAAGGUGGUGAAGAAGGUGGUGAAGAAGGUGCUGAACAAGAGAAGUGUGCAGCAAGUUCAAGAGCUUCCAACUCCAACUCCAACGCCUCCACCAAAAGGAAAUCAGAGGGGACUACUCAUUUGGCAACGACGGUGGCAAAGAAGCAAGGAAAGUCCAUUGCAGAUCAGAUUCGGAAGACACCGGAAGAGGUGGUUGCUGAGAGACAUAUGUUAAAGGGCACUCAAAAGACCAUGAAGGAUUACAGCAAGAAGACAAAGGAGCAAAAAGAUGAAGUAGAUGGUCAUGUAGCUGACUUUUUGUAUGAGAAUUGCCUUCCACUCAAUAUUGUUAAUUCAAGGAGUUGGGAGAUUCUAUUGGAGUCUAUAGGGCAGUAUGGCUCUGAUUAUAUAUCUCCUACUUAUCAUCAAGUGAGGGAACCAUUGCUUGAGAAGGCAAAGAUCAAGACCGACAACUUGAAAGGGAAGCAUGAAGUUGCAUGGAAAGAAUAUGGUUGCUCACUCAUGUCAGAUGGCUGGACGGACAUGACCGGGCGGCACUUGAUCAACUUCCUUGUCAAUAGUCCAGAAGGUACCUUCUUCUUAGGGACAGCCAAUGUUUCUUCUGAAACAGUUGAUGCAAAUCUGGUGGCAAAGCUGUUGAGCGAACAAAUUGAUGCAAUUGGCCCUGAAUUGGUAGUCCAAGUAGUUAGCGAUAAUGGGUCUAACUACAAGGCAGCCGGUAGACUUCUAAUGGAAAAGUAUCCUACAAUGUAUUGGACACCUUGUGCUGCCCACUGCUUGGAUCUUAUGCUAGAGGACAUUGGGAAGAUCAAAGAGUUCAGCCGUUGCAUUGCUAAAGCAAAGAGAACAACCAGAUUUAUUUAUGCCCAUGGAAAGGUUCUUGAUUUAAUGAGAAGCUUGAAUGGUAAGCAAGAAAUUGUGAGGCCUGGAGCAACUCGUUUUGCUACGUCAUUCCUUACUUUGGCAAGCAUGUGGAAGCAAAGGCAAACCUUGAAAACUCUCUUUGUUAGCCCACAAUGGUAUGCAAACAGAUUAAAGGACAGCGAAGGAGGGAAGGCGGCUGAAGCAACUGUGAUCUCCGUGUCAUUUUGGCAAUCGGUGGAGCAUUGCAUGAGAGCUUCACAACCACUUCUUAGAGCUUUGAGGAUCGCUGAUGGUGAUGAGACUCCGGCUAUGGCAGAAAUGUGGGCAGCCAUGGAUUUUGCAAAGACACACAUAAAGGAAGCUUUGGCACAUAAGCCAAACCUCCUAGGUCAAGUGGUAGCUAUUGUUGAUAAGAGGUGGGAUAAACAGAUGGAACAAAAGCUACAUGGGGCUGCUUUGUUCUUGAACCCAAAUAAAUUCUUUGCCAUUAAGGAGUCCAACAGAAGACAAGCUGCCCGUCUCCGUUCAAUGUUCAAUGAUGUGCUAUGGAAGAUGGUGCCUGAUGAUGAGCAGCAAGCAACUAUUAGUAGGGAAGCUGACGACUAUGAGCUGGGGAGUGAAUGUUUCUCGAAGCCAUUGUCAAUUAAAGACCGUGACAAAAAAAGCCCUCUUCUUUGGUGGAAUGCUUAUGGUGGCCUUGCUUUUGACCUCCAAACUCUUGCAAAGCGAAUCAUUAGUCUAUGUUGUUCAGCAUCUGGCUGCGAGCGCAAUUGGAGUGUAUUUGCUCAUAUCCACACCAAAGGGAGAAACCGUCUAGAGUACAAGAGAUUGAACAAGCUAUCAUAUGUAUCGUACAACCGGAAAAUGGAAGCUAGGUUUCAGAAUCUGCGUGAGCAAGGCUCUAAAGCAAAGAAAUCGAGUCCACUUGUCCUAGAAGAAUUUGAAUGGGAUAAUGAAUGGGUUGAUAUCAAUGCUGAAAUGGUACAUGAAGAUCAAGCUCAAGUCAUGGACGGUGAAACACCACUACUUUGGUCUCAGGUUGAUGAAGCCAUGGGUGCAUCAACUUCUCUAGCAGGCCGCAACUAUCCUAGGAGAGCUCGUGGUGAUCCUAGUGAGCCUAUUGCACGACCCAUAGGCCCUUAUAUCACCUACACUCGGAACAACGCAAGAACAAGGCUGGUUGUGCAUGAUGAAGAGUUGAGGGCUGAAUUAGAAGCGGCAGAAUAUGACAAAGACAUGGAGAGCAGUGAUGAAGACGAUGCUGAAUCACCAGAUGAUGAAGACACUGAUUUUCAGCUUGAAGACAUGGAGCUUGAGGCUUGAUUGCUUGAAGAUUUGAAGUGUUGACUUAUUUCCUUGCAUUUUAAUUUGCCAUUCAUGUUUUGGUGUUGAAGA